AUGCAAAACGCGCAGACAAGGCUAUCCAAGAUAGGCGUCGAUGCCAUGCAGCAAGACCAAGACCGUCAAAGGCACCACCUUAUCAUGGACUGGCUAUCCUCGGCCGACUUUUCCGCUCAGCAAUCCGACUUCAUUGCGCGCAGGCAAGAAGAAACAGGCUUCUGGUUCCUUGAGUCCCCUGAGUUCACUGAUUGGGUUAGUGGUACAAGUCAGACGCUAUUCUGUCACGGCAUUCCUGGAGCAGGCAAGACGAUGAUGACAGCGAUUGCGGUGGAUCAUCUGCAGAAGACUGUGCAGACUGCUGACAUUGGAGUUGCGUACAUGUACUGCAACUACAAACGGCAGGCGGAUCAAACCACUUCUAGUCUGCUUGCGGCGAUGCUGAAGCAGCUGGUGCAGGACCGGCCAUCGAUUGCGAAGCCUCUGUGGAGUCUGUACGACCACCACGAAGUUCGACGGACGAGACCGUCGGUUGAGGAAAUGCUUGGUGCUUUGCAAUCGGUGCUGGUAGACUACUCAAGGAUAUACGUUGUUAUAGACGCGCUGGACGAAUGUGUUCAUGACGAUCGCCGAGAACUUCUGAGUAAGCUUCGCAACUUGCAAAGCAAAACGGGCUUGCGUCUGAUGGCUACUUCACGGUUUAUUCCGGAUAUUGUCGAAGAGUUCAAUGGUCUGCCCAAGCUAGAGGUACGUGCAGACGACGCGGACGUGAAACGAUAUGUGGCUGGCCAAAUCAAACGGCUGCCAGGAUGCGUCCGACGCGAUGACGCUCUUCAGAAACUCGUCCAGAACAAGAUUGUGCAGGCGGUGGAUGGCAUGUUUCUACUUGCUCGUCUGCAUGUGGAUUUGCUACUCGAUAAGGACACAAAAAAGAAAGUAAAGUCUACGCUCGAGCACCUUUCUGGAGGCACUGAAGCGCUCAAAAAGGCAUAUGACGGAGCCAUCGAGAGGAUAGACGUAGAGUUAGAUGAGGAGGAACUAGAGGAGGACAAUAUUCCUGAUAUAGAAGAGAUCGUCUCUGUAUGUGCUGGCCUUGUCACAGUGGACGAGGAGAGCAAUGUCAUUCGUCUCGUCCACUACACUACACAAGAUUACUUGAAGGGCAUCCGGGAGAAGUGGAACCCUAGCGCUCAGCACGACAUUGCGUCCACGUGUAUUGCGUACCUCUGUUUCAAAACGUUCAGGAGCGGUAGCUGUGCGAGCGACGCAGAGUUCGAAACCAGGCUUGAGGAGAACAUAUUCCUGAACUACUCUGCUCGAUACUGGGUAGAGCAUGCAGGCAUUGUUCAAGAGGAGGUAUAUGGACUAGCCAUGCGUCUGCUUCAGGACAAGAACUUGGUGGCUUGUGCUGUUCAAACCAAAUCAAUGCCUGGCUAUAAAUACCCGAGAUAUAGUCAAGAUUUUCGGAAGCAGAUGACGGGUCUACAUUUAGCGGCCUCCUCAGGGCUGCUACACCUGUGUGAGGGGCUUCUUUCUUGGACUGUGAAGGAGAAAGUUCUUCCUGUUGACUCAAAAGACAGCAAUGGUCAGACGCCGCUGUCGUUGGCAGCAGCAAGAGGGCAUGAGGCAGUAGUUAAGGUGCUGGUUAAGCGAGAAGACGUUAAAGCGGACUCAAAGGACAACAACGGUAGGACACCGCUGUGGUGGGCAGCAGGAGGAGGGCACGAGGCAGUAGUUAAGGUGCUGGUUGAGCGGGACGACGUCGAAGCAGACUUGAAGGACAACAACAGUCACACGCCGCUGUUGUGGGCGGCAUUUAGAGGGCACGAGGCGAUUGUUAAGAUGCUAGUUGAGCGAGAAGACGUUAAAGCGGACUUAAAAGACAGCAAUAGUCGGACGCUGCUGUUGUUAGCAGCAGAAAGAGGGUAUGAGGCAGUAGUUAAGGUGCUAGUCGAGCAGAAUGACGUUGAGGCGGACUUAAAGGACUAUAGAGGUCGGACGCUGCUGUGGUGGGCAGCAGCAAGAGGGUAUGAGGCGGUGGUUAAGGUGCUAGUUGAGCAGGACGACGUUGAGGCGGACUUAAAGGACUAUAGAGGUUAG